AUGUACACGCCACCUCCGGGUCCAUCUGGUUGGGAGGCCCCGCCUAACUGGUACAAAAUGCCACGGAAAUGCUUUGCUUGUCGAAGGGACGACACGAACUGGAAAGGCGAACCUGAGGAUCCGGAGGGUAUGAUCAGAUGUGCUGGAUGUAAAUGCCAUUUUCAUCCCGUGUGCGUAAAGUUGGGGCAUAUUGCCGAUACAAUCAGAGGUUAUGACUGGAGGUGCGACCGAUGCAGCAAAUGCGAAGUCUGUAAGAAGGACGUCGACGAGGAACACUACUUUCACUGCCACCACUGCGACCGCGCAUGGCACACGACAUGUCUGAAUCCUCUCCUCACUCAUAUCCCCAACAAUAAAUGGAAGUGCCGGACGUGCAACCCACCGCCUCCUGCCACCUCGACAUCUCCUGUUCGCUCUCACGCGACCCUCUCGCCGACAGCUCGCGCCUCUGCUUCCAGCCGCGCACCUACCCUUGAUAACACGAGAACCACACCUUCCCUGGCAUCCGGCCGCGCACCUACACUUGACAACACGAGAAUCAUGUCUUCCCUGGCAUCCGACCGCUUCCGUUCACACGCACAACCGUCCGGCAGUCAGCCUGGGCGCUCAUCCCCCACCAAAUCCGGACCUGCCACUUCCCCCAGCCAACCGCGACGCCCCUCGCCAGCAAAAACGACUACGAAGCUACGUUUCACCCCCCUCAGUCAGAGUCAAGCCACCUCGCCUUCUUCAACUCCGGCAGCUACACCUACGACCGGCCAAACUACCGAUUCUCGGCCUGCCUCUGCUACAGCGGCAUCUGCGUUCGCGCCUGCGCCUGCCCAGAGCAAAAGACCGUCUCUGAGACUCUCGCACCCCAGCACGUUCUACCAGAGGACGAGCUCUUCGUCUACCAGUACACCAUCGCCGGCGCCGACCGCAGAUUCCCUCAAACAGACUAAACCAUCGUCUUCUCGGCCAAAACCUGUCCCUGUUGAUGUGCACGCAAAGGGCAAGCGCUCAGAGGAGGAAGAAGCCCGUUUCCGGAUAUUGCGUGUCGCGCACAUCCUCAUCGCAGUAGAGAUUGUCGAGGCGGCUUGGGUAGCGGCGAGGGGGAAUAGUGUUGUCGCGGCUAGGCUUUUGAACGACGCACAGUUCGCUGGUGGAGGGUGGAGGGCGGUGCGCGCAUCAGACGCGUCGUCAUCAAACAACGCGUCCACACCGUCAAGGGCGAUCGAUAGGCGCCGAGAUAUUGACAGCGGCCACAGUCCUACCAAAUCCUUGGCUGGAAACCCGCACGCGAAAGGCAAUCGCGAGGCGAAAGAGGAGAUGGAGUUCAACAAGUUCCGCAUACAGAAUAUCGUAUUUGAAACGGGGAAGGUCGAAGCGGCGUGGGUGGCUGCCGCCGGGGAUCCAGCACGCGCCGCCAGAUUCGUCCUGGACGCUAACUUUCAAUGGCGAACUCCCAAGACGCAGUCGCCACGUAUACGCAAACGUGCACGCCCUACCGCGUCGGAGGACGAAGAAGACGUGCUACCUAUACCCGCGUCGAGACGUGCACCAGGCGCAGGUUCGAGUUCAAGUUCCGGUCGUCCGCGAUCGAGCGCCUCGACAUCUACUCAUCUACCGGCCUCUGCAUCCGCUCCAGCUGCCGGUUUGAGUCGAGCACGCCCCAAUCUAUCGGCUUCGCCAUUAAAGCGUAGGCCUGGUCCCGGCCGCAACACCGACGGCGUCGUUGUCUCUGAGUCUGACCCCGAGCCCGAGCCCGAAAACCGACAGUCACCCAGUAAGGGCAAAAUCCGUAACGUAGGACCGGGUCAGAACGCCGCAGGACUGGAUCCGACCAUAGACGAUGUCGACAUGAGCGACAUUGCACCCUCUCCGCUCGAACCCCCGGAGCGACCAGCUAAACGGCAGAAAGUGUCGCAUGAUGCGGCGCUCUCGUCGCCUUCAGCCGCCCAAUCUGCGUCUUCAGCUCCAGCGAGUUCCAGCACCCUGAGAGAAUCGCCUGGGCCUGCGCAUGCGCCACCAGUAGGCGCGCAGCAACGCCAUCAGCCUGUAGCAGAAGUUCAAGCACCGGCGCCUGCCUGUCUUCCUACUUCUGCGCCCGCGCCCGUACCAGCGCCCGCGCCAGCACCCGCACCUGCACCCGCACCUGCACCCGCGCCCACGAACUUCGACUGGGGUAUUGAACUCUCCCGUAUCCGCAACGCCCCGUCCAACGCCGACGCGGCCGCCAUAGCGCAGGUUCACCUCCAGCAAGGCGUGGACAGCGUACAAAGAGCCGCGGUCAUCAUGGGUGUGCAGCUCACGAUGCAAGCCGAUAUCGCUCGCCUGGAAAAAGAACUGGCUCGCAUGCGCCAGGAGUCGGAUCGUGUGAAUGCAUAUGGUGAUGCGCCGUUCGCCCCGGAGCAGUUGGAUCAGUCGGAGUCGCAGCCGUCGGCGAAAGCGCUAGGGAAGAGGCGCGAGCAGGUUUCGACAUCGGCUCAGCCUUCGAAGCCUCAACCGGCCACCGAGACAAUGCAUAUCCCUGUCCAGCAACCACCGUCGCCACCACCUCCAAAAGCUCCGCGCCCUCCGCCAUCCCGACGACCAAGGCCGGUUCCCCGAAUCCGACCGGAAGAUAUUCCCCGCUCAUCGGAUUCACCCGAGGUUGCCCCGCCGUCUCCCAGCGCGACCGACGUGGAGAGCAUACCGUCCCACGACCAGGAAUGGGAUUGGGAACACAAGAGCUUUACGAGGUUCAACAGUCAGUGGAUGUUACCCGAUGGGGAAGAGCACCGGGAGCCACAGCCAUCAUCUCGCGACGCCGCAGAAUCGAGGAGGCGUAGAGAUUCGCUCCCUUCUUAG